CUGACACUAUUGUGCCGAAGAGUCGCCAGGGUAGACUUAACAGAGACUGCCUCCUGCCAUUAUUCUAGAUUCCUGAUUUUCUCGCUUUCUCCUUCCAAACAGAAACAUACUUUCUCACUUUCUCGCGCGUUUUCUCGGGAAAAUUUUGGGAAUCCCGACAGAAAUUCUACAGCCUCUCCAGACACGGAGUGUAGCUGUCUUACCACUUCAAAUUUCAGCUGGAAAACAGGAUCUGGAAAUCUCGGGUUUGGAGAUAAAAUGAGGCAGACUAGGCUUAUGGAGAGGACCAACUCUAUGAGAGAGAAGAGGCAAAUGGAAGGGGGAGAGGAGGAGCAACCCGAGCGAAAACGACCGGCUCUCGCUAGUGUAAUUAUAGAAGCUCUCAAGGUGGACAGUCUGCAGAAGCUAUGCUCGUCAUUGGAACCUAUUCUUCGCAGAGUUGUAAGCGAAGAAGUGGAGCGUGCUUUGGCUAAGUUAGGCCCUACGAGAGUUAAUGGAAGGUCUUCUCCAAAACGAAUUGAAGGUCCAAAUGGGCAAAACUUGCAACUAGAGUUUAAGUCCAAUUUGGCUCUUCCGAUAUUCACAGGAGGUAAAGUUGAAGGCGAGCAGGGUGCUGCAAUUCAUGUUGUUUUAGUUGAUGCAAACACUGGCCGAGUUGUGACUUCUGGGGCUGAAUCCUCUGUAAAACUAGAUAUUGUUGUGCUUGAAGGUGAUUUCAACAAUGAAGAUGAUGAAGGCUGGACUCAAGAAGAAUUUGAUAGCCAUGUGGUGAAAGAGCGUGAAGGAAAGAGACCUCUAUUGACUGGGGACCUGCAAGUGACCCUCAAAGAAGGGGUAGGAACUCUAGGGGAUCUGACCUUCACAGACAACUCAAGUUGGAUACGAAGCAGGAAGUUCAGACUUGGAUUGAAAGUAGCUUUGGGGUUUUGUGAGGGCAUGCGCAUACGAGAAGCUAAAACAGAAGCUUUUACUGUUAAAGAUCACAGAGGGGAAUUGUACAAGAAACACUACCCACCAGCAUUAAAUGAUGAAGUAUGGAGAUUGGAGAAGAUUGGUAAGGAUGGGGCAUUCCAUAAGAGGUUAAGCAAAGCAGGAAUAUUCACAGUUGAAGAGUUUCUUCAGCUUGUGGUCCGAGAUUCUCAAAAAUUACGGAAUAUCCUUGGAAGCGGAAUGUCAAAUAAGAUGUGGGAUGCUCUUUUAGAACAUGCAAAGACUUGUGUCUUGAGCGGGAAGCUUUAUGUUUAUUAUCCUGAAGAUACAAGAAAUGUUGGUGUUGUUUUUAACAACAUCUAUCAGCUGAGUGGCCUCAUCACCGGGGAGCAGUUUCACUCUGCUGAUGAUCUUUCUGACAGCCAGAAGGUCUAUGUAGAUGGGCUGGUGAAGAAAGCAUAUGACAACUGGGAGCAAGUUAUUCAGUAUGAUGGCAAGUCACUUCUAAAUUUCAAACAGAUUAAGAGGUCGGCUGCACCCCGAACUGAAAUUCAAAUGGGCCCAAUCAGUUACUCUGAAGCUUCAGAUCAACUGCAACUACAUCGCCUGCCAAAUUCAGUUCACUCAGAGCAGCCUCCAUUGGAUCCGCUACCAAUCGGAGGUUAUAAUGACGGUCUAUCAACAAGAUACUUGACCCAGCCACUCGUAAAUUCCAAUUCUCAUACCCAGUUUGAUGGCGCCGGAUUUACACUGGAUGACCAAUUGAUCAGCAAUUCUCAUCAGGUACAAAGCACAAGAAAUGACCCCAAUACUGUUGGUUUGGCUCUUGGUCCUCCACAAUCAUCCACAUCAGGAUUUCAGACUAUCAAUUCUGCUCAGACAUCCACUCUUAAUCCUAUAGAUGACUGGACAACCAACCGAGAUUUUAUUUCAGAGGAAGAGAUUCGUAUUAGAAGUCAUGAGAUGCUCGAAAAUGAGGAUAUGCAGCACUUGCUCAGAAUCUUCAGUAUGGGAGGAGGCCAUGGCUCAAUUGAUGUGCCCGAUGAUGGGUUUUCAUUCCCCUCAUAUAUGCCAUCACCAAUGCCCAACUAUGAGGAAGAUCGCACCCGUCCUGGAAAAGCUGUUGUGGGGUGGCUCAAAAUUAAGGCAGCAAUGAGAUGGGGUUUUUUUGUGAGGAAGAAAGCUGCUGAGAGAAGGGCACAGAUUGUGGAGAUAGAGGAUGAAUAGAAGCCCAUUCAAAGCUGAUACAAGGGUCUUGCUAUGAUAGUUAACUUUUUAUGAGUGCCUGCUACAGCUUGACGUUUUAGGCGGACUGAAGAUGUCAGUUUCAGAAGUCUUGAUAAAUGACCGACAUUUGUGGAUAUCUGUUGGAUGGAAAGGAAUCUAUUCUUGUAGCUACCUGUACAGUAAGUCAUUUCUGUUUAUUUUUCUUACUCGUGAAGAUUUCUGUCAUCACUCUGUGAAUGACAUUGGCCCCUGGCUUCUAACGGGUAAAUUUCUUAUUACCUCUUGUUGACAUAUUAGGAUGACUAUCAUCUGUUGUUUUGGUUAAACAUUGCACGCGGGUGCUGGCUAGUGUUUUAUAUGAUUGUGCUAGUUGCUUUUGUAAUUUGAAUUGACUGGAAUUCUUGUACGUUAGACAUUCAUAACCUUUUUUUUUUU